UUCGGUGGCGUGUACGUGGGCACCGUCUGUUAUUGACCGUGACACAAUCCGUCGCGUCGCGUCGCGUGCGUGCGUGCGUGCGUACCUAGAGGGAGAGCGAGAGACGCCGCCGCAAAAACCGCCUGGGGCACUGGUCGUCUGCUCCUAAUUCCGGUUCCGGUUAAUCCAGGGAAGCAGCAGGAUGGCGGGCAGCAUCAGCAGCAGCAGCAGCAGCACUAGCAAGUGUUCCUACACAGUCGGGCUGGUGUGCCUGAGCGCGGUCGGGUUCCUGUUAUCGCUGUACACGUCAUACGUGGAGCUGCGAGCCGAGCAGGACCGCAGCUACCGGGCGAUGUGCGACAUCAGCGAGCGGAUCAGCUGUACCAAGGUGUUCACCUCCAGCUAUGGUCGCGGUUUUGGGAUCAUGGGCAAGGUGUUUGGUCCGGCGUCGCCACUGAACGUACCGAACGGGUUCUAUGGCAUCUUUUUCUACUUCGUGGUGGCCGGGCUGAGCUUCAGCGAUAAUGUGCGUGUUGCCCGGCUGAACAGUUACCUGAUCCUGGCGGCGAACGGGCUGUCGCUGUACCUCGCCUACCUGCUGUACUUUGUGCUCGAGGACCUGUGCCUGGUGUGUGUCAGCACGUACGCCAUCAACCUGAUCAGCCUGAUACUGGCGCUGCAGAAGAUCCAGCUUCUCGUGCGCGAGGAGCAGGUGAUGCGGGCGAUGGCGCGCACCAGCGGCAAGCGCGACUAGAGCGCCGAAGCGCUGCUAUAGGUUCCUAGUUCCUAGUUCCAGUUCCGGCUCGUUCCGCCACAUUUGGUUUUUUGCCGUUGUUUGCCCACCCGUUGUUCGUUCUCCGUUGUUGAUGCCAAAUUAAAGCAAACGCGAUUGAUUCGCGUUUUUCAUGCAAAUCGAAAUCGUUCGUUGCCUUAUUGUAAUAAAGCCCAAAAUAAAAGGGGGAAAAACACCACUGUGUAAAAGGUGUUUG